CGGAGCCCCGCAAAGGCACAUGCCUCCCCCACCCUCCCCUCCCCGUUCCCAGGAGCGUGCAGGAAGGGGGUCAGGAUCGGGGAGAGCCUGCGUCCCGAGGGGAGGAAAUGGGGGGCUCACCCCCUCCAUGGAGCAUGGGGGUGCCAUGGGGCACCUAUGGAUGGUUCCCACAAAGCAGGGCAGAAAGGAUCUCAGGCCGGGAUUGAAAUGGGGGGGCCUGUGCCCCCAACAUGGAGAAUCUGGGGUGCAACCUUGCUUAACAGGAGGCACUUUCUGUGGUGAGCGAGGACCAGUCCAUAUUCGACCCCUCCUACGGCCCUCCCCACCUCAUGAAGACAGAGGUGCCCCCUGACGAGGAGUACAACUGCAAGGAGAGGCCGGUGCUGGGGGAGCCGGACUGGUCCAGUCAGACCAGCAGGGUGCACUCUGUGAAGAGGGAGAAUGAGACUGUCAACUGCUCCAGACAGUCCCCCGUGGACUGCAGUGUAUCCAGACGGAGCAAAUCCGGGAGCGACCCACACCCCAUCCCCUACCCAGCCAGCUACAGUGACCAGCGGAGCAGCCCCCCAGCCAACCCCCCCAGCGAGGAGAAGAGGGUUAUCGUCCCAGCGGACCCUGGCGUGUGGACCCAGGACCAUGUGCGCCAAUGGCUGGACUGGGCGGUGAAGGAGUAUGGGCUGGAGGAGGUGGACGUGGGCCUGUUCCAGCACGUGGACGGCAAGGAGCUGUGCAAGAUGGGCAAGGAGGAUUUCCUGCGCCUCACCUCGCCCUACAACGCCGACGUGCUGCUGUCCCACCUGGCCUACCUGCGGCAAAGCAGCCCAACCUUCACCUACCCGGCUGCCCCAGCUGUGACCCCUCAGCCCCCCGCACCCCCACCACGGGUGCAGGUGAAAACAGAAUCCCCCUAUGAGGAAAUCAGGCGAAGCAGCUGGAGCAGCUCCCUCAGCGGGGGCCCCAAAGGGUCCCCCCCCCAGAUCCAGGGGGUGAAUCGGACGAGUGAAUCCCCGCGGAUCGUAACAGAUCCAUACCAGGUCCUGGGACCCACCAGCAGCCGCUUGGCAAACCCAGACCCUACCAAAACCAGCCAGAAAAGACCCUACAAUAACAAACCAGGGCCCCCCUUCCUGGGGCAAAGCAGAGCCCCGCCGGUACCAAACCCGUCUCCCCGCCUGGCAGGCAGCGGCCAGAUCCAGCUGUGGCAGUUCCUGCUGGAGCUGCUGUCGGACAGCAGCAACGCCGGGUGCAUCACGUGGGAGGGCACCAACGGGGAGUUCAAGAUGACAGACCCGGACGAGGUGGCGCGGCGCUGGGGCGAGCGCAAGAGCAAGCCCAACAUGAACUACGACAAGCUGAGCCGGGCCCUGCGCUAUUACUACGACAAGAGCAUCAUGACCAAGGUGCACGGCAAGCGCUACGCCUACAAGUUCGACUUCCAGGGCAUCAGCCAGGCCCAGCAGAACCACCCGGGCGAGGGGCCCCUCUACAAGUACCACCCGGCCGAGCUGUCCUACCUGCCCACCUACCACCAGCAGAAGGUGGGCUUUGGCCUCAGCCACGCCGCCCAGCUGCCCGUCUCCUCCGCCGGCUUCUUCGGGCCCCCCUCGCCCUACUGGAACGCCGGCUCCGGGAACCUCUACCAGAGCCCGCCCGUGCCCCGGCCCGCCGCCGGCCACCUGAACUCCUUCUACUAGCCAUGGGGGGCGCCCGGCCUGCCGCCGGCCACCUGAACUCCUUCUACUAGCCAUGGGCGGUGCCCGGCCCAUUGCUGGCCACCUGAACUCCUUCUACUAGCCAUGGGGGGGCGCCCGGCCUGCCGCCGGCCACCUGAACUCCUUCUACUAGCCACGGCGGGGAGGGGGGGGGGCGCUUGGCCCGCCGCCAGCCACCUGAACUCCUUCUACUAGCCACGAGUGGAUGCUUGGCCUGCCGCCGGCCACCUGAACUCCUUCUACUAGCCACGGGGAUGCCCCAGCCUGCCGCUGGCCACCUGAACUCCUACUAGCCAUGGGGAGGAAGCGGGUGCCAUGGCACAUAGGGGGCUGCCUAAAUGCCUACUAGCCAUGGGUGGGGUCUCCCCAAACAUGGAUAGCCACGUGGGAUCCUUCUGCUGCCUGUCCCCACCCCUGUUGCUGCCUCCAACCCAACCAGAGCCUGGAAAGACCUCCCCCUUCCCUCCCCUGCCCCGAUAGUGGGGUGCCCCCCCACACCGCAGGUUUUGGGGGGACCAGGGGCUCCCCACUCUGGCUGGGUUCCUUGUGCUCUGAACUGGGCGGGGCCCGGGGGGACAGCCAGGGGGCUGGGAUUAAUUGGGGUGCAGGGUUUUUUAAAUGAGGAAUUCACCUGCAGCUGUCCCUCCCAGAAGGCAGAACACCCCCCACCCCCACCCCCGCCUUGCGCAGAGGCCUCCCCUCCUCCUCCCAGCGUGGCUCCCAGCUCCCAGAGCAGGUGCUCGUUGAACACCGCGGGAUGCCUGUUGGGGGCUGGCUGAGAACACCCUUUGGGUGAGGCUGCUGGCUGUUGAGAGUGGACACCUGGCAGGGGGGGAGGCGGGUUGUUGCCUUUGGGAGCCAGCUGAGGCUGGACACCUGUUGUUACAGGAGCCAGCUGUUACCUCCAGACACUAGGGGGCGCCUGUUGGGCGAGGCCGGCUGUUGUGUGGCAGUGCAUAUGGGGGGGGGGGGGUGGGAAUCGGCUAUUGCCUCUGGACAUGCAGGGCUGGAUCAGGAAUCCCAGCCAGCUGUCUCCCCCUCCAUCCCCUCAUCCCCCCCACCCCGCCCCCCCGUAGGCAGGGCCCGUGGGUCUCCUGGUAGCAGCCCCCUCCCUGGGAGAGGGGUGUGCGGAUACGUCCUAGCACCACUGCUCUGCAGGAGGAUUGUAUCCGUGACACCCCCAGGCCCAUGGGGCCGACAGCGACUGUAAUAUGCCUCCUCCCUCACCCCAUGUAUUAAAGGUUGUGUUGUUA